AUGUCCUGGAUGACGAGAAUGAUGGAGGAGGUGCGUGACUGUCAGCCUCCGAAUUCAUCGCCAAAGACCUGGGAUACCAAAAUCACUAUGGAAGCCAGCAAGGCUCCAUCUACCUCUGCUUUGGAUACUACCGUUAGAGCUGCCCCUUCCGUCAAACCAAUAGUUUCCAGACUUGCUCCCCCACGCUUUAGUGGUCCAGCUAUGAAAUUGAACCCCAGUCAGAAACGGAAAGCCCCCGUAGCUCCCGUGAGAUCUAAAGUAGACAAACGCGUGAAGAAAGCCCCGAUCUCGAAGCACCCCGAGGUGAAACGCCCAAUUCCAGGACAUGCAACCUCUACACACGAUCCGUUUGAUGACAUUGAGUGGCAUAACUCUGUGCUGGAGGGUCCUGAGAAACUCCGCUUGGAAAACUCAAAGGCUCUUGUUGAUGUUUACGAGGGAGUUUUGGAAACUCUAGCGCAGAUGGACCUUGACCUUCGGAACUUGGAGGAGAUGGUGGUGGAUAAUGGAUACAUUGCAGAACAUGCAGGCAAGAAUGAUGAUGCAGAAGGGAAGGAGGCUAGAUCGAAGCAGGCUGAAUCAUGGGAGUCAGUUGGGGUAAAAUACUGA